GCGGCAAACCACAGACAACAAGAACGCCAAUCCAAUCCAAACAAAGCCAAGAUGAAGACGCUUCAGACCAUCCUCGUCCCCGUGCUGCUCUUCAACGCAGCGGCGGGUUUCCCCGUGAACAGGGGAGACAAGUACGCCUCGUGGGAUGACGUCAACGUGGUGGCCCACGGCCUGCUUCAGCUGGGCCAAGGUCUCAAGGAGCAUGUAGACAAGACCAAAGCCCAGAUGAGGGACAUCAGCGGCCGACUGAAAGCUUUCAACGCCACGAUGGUCGCGCUGGAGGGAACGCAGACUGAGCAAGACAAAGUGGUGAAGGCCGAACGGGAGGAGAAGGAAAAAAUGGGUGCUGAGGUUAAGGAGAUGAUGAAGCAGACCAAGGAAUUCCACUCCCGCAUGAACGCGCUCGAGAAGAAAGUGGAUGAAGCGCUUCAAGAGACGACAGAUGUCAACUUCAGGGGCGACAACUCGACAAUGUCGUUCAUCCAGAAAAUCAUGGCGGUGCAGAACAGACGUAUCGACCAAAUGGUGGACAAGAUCAGGCAGCAACAAGACAAGCUGGACAAGCAGAGUUCACACCUUCUGACACUGCAGAAAAAGGUUUCACACCGGGGAGUCCGAUUCCUCAGGCGUAGGCACGAGGAGACGGCACUGACGGGAAAUACGGCGCCGACUGACGCCCAAAGAGGGAGGAAGCAUUCUGAAAGGAGUCUCGGGGCUUCCUUUCAACAAAGAUGAUCGAGACAAUGAUCUGCACGUCAACUGCGCCGAGCUUCAAAUAUCCCAGAAGAUCCGGCUGGCUCAAGUAUCAGCCAAGGAGGAUGUUUUGGAACAACACCAAGAGACAAAACAACUCUUUGAGGACAGCUCUUAUGAAGCUUGCACCCAUUCCAAUAAACCAGCAAUAACGUCUUGAGUG